AUGGGCAUGCAGGUAGCCUUGCUAGGCUGGUUGACACAAUGUUGCUGUUGUAUUGGGCUCUGGGGGCUUUACUUUGAUUCUGGGGGCUUUCCAGUGACUACGGUUGCUACAAACAAGCAUAUGCCAUUUGGGUGUUUGGGAGCCUCCUCGCUGAUAUUGGUUGGCAUGCAUAAGAUCUGUACAGGGCCAAUGUUGAACCUGGGUGACGUGGCAUAUUGCAGGCAUAUGGCACAACACUGGAUCAUUCACUCAAGUUUUCCCACUUCCUCUCAUCCAUGGCUGUAUGAAGACGUGGCCAGUCUUUAUGCAUUCAUGGCUGAUCUCGCUUAUUUGCACAUAUCAUCUCAUACCAUGUGCAUGGACACGUGUAUCAGACCUUGGCAUCAGAAGCUGAUCUCUUCAGGUGAUGAAACAACGGGCAUAAGGAUGGCAAUGGCCCGUACAAAGCAAAAUGCAAAGCGCAGUGUGGGGUUGUCCCACAUGGAGUACCGCAACAACCUCUCUGUGGCGGGAAUUCAUGCCUUGGCACAAGACGACCUCAUUGAAGACGAGCAGCCAGAUGAGGUGACGGACCAGUCUGACAAUGAUGACAUGUCGUUUGAUGAUGAGCCGGAUGAUUUUGAAUCCAUGGUGAUGUGUCUGUUCCUUCAGUGCUACUGUGUCAUUUGCCACAAUGGCGGUGGCCUCAUCAACUGCGACAUUUGUCACCGUGACGUCUGCACAGACUGUCUUGGAAACAUUGACAUCGCCACCGUGCAGGAAGACUGGCAUUUCCUGUGUCCUUCUUGUCAUGUGAUGACCCUUGGCAACUCCGAUAAAUACCAUGCCUUUCACAGCCAUAACGGGUCUCGGAAUGUACACUCCGAGCCAUCCCGUGUGACGGGAACCAUGGUGGCUCCUCAGCACGCAUUCUGCUCCACUGCUCCAGUGGUGAUCUUAUCGUUUCGUCUGAAAUCACUCACCAAGGAAGCCAGUAUACCCGAUCUGUUCCAUAUGAACCUCAACAGCUACUUCUGGAAUACAAAGGGGAACCUUCAGUACUUCGACAUCCCAUUCAACUUCGAGACGGACAGAGACGCAGCAAUUCACAGCAGAAAGAUGGAGAAGUUGUGUGCGGGUAUCAUGACCAUACCAAAUGUCCGCGUUGUGACGUUCAUCUAUACGCACAGCAAUGUGCAAGUUGGAGAUCUGUAUCAUGCAUGGUUCACCAUCGUCCUCACGGAGCACUUCAAGAAGCUCUGCCAUGUUAUACGCCUCCACUACAUGUUCAUCCUUGCCUGUGGUGCCAUCGUCAACAAGAAGGAGUCCCUCGAGGCGCUCAGGGAACAGCUGUUCCUGUACAAGGUCCCCUUCACGUUGGGGUUCACGACUGCCACUCUGAAUGCGCACCUCUGCUCUGAUUUUGUGGGCCACUUUGCAACCCGCGUCAUCAUCGAGCUAGCUGUCCCAAAGCCGUCCACGAUGUCGAAGAUGCUAGGCAUGUCCUUCACCCUUCGUCGUCACAGCAGCAUUGUCGUGUUCCGCUAUGAAAGCUUGAUGGGCGAUAGACGUGUGGAUGUCGAGAAGUACGUCUGGCACCAUCCCAAACUUGCGCCUGCUGGCCAUCCACUCCCGUACCAGUGCCCUAUCUGCAAAGCUCUGUGCUGUUUGGAGGGCAGGACGGGUCGUAACCAUAACAAGACACAUAUCGCAGGCUACCAGUGCAUCAACAAUACGUGCACCUAUCGGUGCCUCUGGGAGGUCUCAUAUGACCCAACGAAGCUGGAUAAGGAGCAUGGGAAGUGGUUCCGGGAAUUGCAUGAAGGUGAAGAGAUGGCUGAUGAUGACGAUGAGGACGAGGAGGAGGUGUACUACCGGUUGUAG